CCUUCCCUUCCCAGCACGAUUUCCGAGCGUACGAGAGUAGGGUACGAGAGCACGUGUGCGUUUGUUAUGGUGCAGAGUGAAGGGUUCGGGAGAGCGAAGGGGCAGUGCCAUUGCAAGAGAGCCUCCUACAAUGGCUCAGAAGGAGGCCGAGGAGGAGAUUUUCAUUAAAUAUGAGCCAGACGUGGAGGGCAUGGGGAGCCAAGAGGCCAGGGACCACGGGGAGAUAAAGUACAAGCCUUUCCUCCCCGUGUUUGUAGUAGCGACGGGGGAGGAGAUGGAGGACGACGACCAAGAGGACGUCCCAGAGCAGGCGUCCUGGCACCGUCAACGCCCCCUUCAGGAGGAUGCUGAGCAGACACGAGUCUUGCAGGAUGAGAAUGCUGGGUAUAUCCAACACACAAUCCGGGAGAAUGAGAUAGUAAUGCACAUACACCCGGGAGAGUCGGGAAUGCAAAUGCCAGAAGAACCUAGCCAUGCUACACUGACCAUUCAAGCUACUGAUCCUGCCACCAAGACUGUCACCACUCGCCGAUUUAACUGUGCUUACGAAGGAUGUUCUCGUACAUAUAGUACACCAGGAAACUUGCGCACACAUAUGAAAACACACAGAGGAGAGUACAGAUUCCAGUGUAGAGAAACAGGUUGUGGAAAAGCUUUUCUCACUUCCUAUUCACUGAAGAUUCACCUGAGAGUUCAUGCACAACAGAAACCCUAUACUUGUGAGAAUGAUGGCUGCCAAAAGUCUUUUACUACACUCUACAGACUCCGUGCACACCAAAGGCUGCACAAUGGGGACACCUUUAACUGUAACCGUGAUGGAUGUGUACGCAUCUUCACCACACUCUCAGACUUGCGGAAACAUGUCCGUACUCACACAGGGGAAAAGCCUUUCAAAUGUGAGGAAGAUGGGUGUGGGAAGUCAUUCACCGUGAGUCACCACCUAAGAACACACAAGAGAAUACAUACUGGAGAACGGCCAUACUUAUGUAUAGAAGAAGACUGCAGGAAGGCCUUCACCACAAACUAUUCCCGCAAGAGUCACAUGCGCGUUCACAGGCGAAACUUGAGCAAGGAGCAGGAAAAGCUGCAGCCAAAACCUCUUCAGGAUGUGUUGGACCAUCCUAGUGAACAAACUCUGUCACAGGGAGAAAGCAUACAAAAGAAUGGACUUGGCAUAGAAGAUGGUGGGAGCAGCAAAAUUCUACAGGAUGGGGCCAAUAAAGGUGGGUUCUGUGGAAGUCAUCACCAAAGACAGGCGAAUACCACUUCAGCUCAAGCAUCCAAGCAGAAAGUGUUUGCAAUUAUUCCGGUGGCGAGUGAUGAGGGAGAGAGUCCCACCAGCCUCACCCUUCAAGAUUUUCUCAAGUCUGAGGCCCUCAAGUGUAACCCAAACAUGAAGGUGCCCAUUGUCAAGGCUACAGAUGACACUACUGUUGGUCGUCUUCUUAGAGAUUCUCAGACAGUGACAUCGUUAUCCCAGGAUGGUGAUGAUAGAGGUCUUCUGGAGAAGAUUACAGCCCAUGCUGACAUCUGCAAGUGUAAUCCAUGUCACUGCGACCCAUCAAGAGGCAAUGAAUGUUCAUGCAAUGCAAUUGAUGACCCAGACUCAUCCCUUGGCAGAAGCACUCCAUUACCUGUCGUAGAGAAACGUCCUCCACCUUCACCCAUCUCCACAACACCCACCAAAUUACCAAGAAUGUCUGAAGAAGUGGACUUAGCUGGACAAGCAGGAAGAAGUGAAUCUAUGAAGGAUUCCUCAAGCAUUCCUUCCUCCAGCAGCACUUUACAGAGAAACUAUCAUCUAGAAUUAGAGAUGGCUAAAAAAUCUUCUGAAAAUUCUAGAGAGGAACUAAUAACAUCAACCCUGCCAGUGUCUGCAUCCAGUUCAAGCAUGCAGGUCGGUUCCUCAGUGACAUCAGAAGGUAUGGAUGAUAGCAGACCUCUUGCAACGCCUGAUGAACAAAUCUCCGUGGAAGAAUUUCUUCGAGAGACUGUUGGCCUGAGUUCGCCAACACCACACAGCCAAAAUAGUUUGCGUAGGGUGACACAGACCAAUCUAGAGACCCUUCUUCCAGGUUCUUCAGGGCGCCACAGUCAUCAUUUUUUUCCAAGUCUGGCAAACCUGGAUGACAUGAGCAACCUUGCAUCCCCAUCAAUGGAAGACCUUAUUGUGUCUCCCCUCUCCCAUGGAGCUGUGUUUGGUUCCUCAGAUAAGUGCACAGUUGGAGGGAUCAGUACUUCUGGAGGCUUAGGAAGUGAUAGUGCAUCCAUGGAUAAUGCCUUUGAUGUUGAUAUGUCUACCUCUGAUUUGUCAACUGAUUUUCCCUUUUCCUCCCCAAAUAUGAUAGAGGCCUUAUUAACUGAUCAUAUAGGAAGUUUGUCUACUUUAUCAUCUCACAACCAACCCAUAAGUAGCAGCUCAACACAGUCAUUAGUUACUGCUGUCAGUUCAGCUUCUACCACUGUCAUAACAGCUUUAACAACUCCACAAACCACACAGUCUACACAGCAACAAGUAAUCCACUCCUACAGGAAAAACACAGUUCUAAGAGGCAUCCAUCAUGUAAAAGCAAGUUCAGGGUGCUGUAGCAACCAGCAAGUACAAGAUGAAAUACCCAAAGAUUGUAGGCAGUGGGUUCAGGAAAAAAGUUGUUGCUCAUCAAGCUCAUCCUCACUUCAGGGCUGUUGCACUCCACCAUCCACUCCUGCAGUGUCCAGCUGCUGUAGACCUGCAUGUGACUCAGCAUCUGGAAAUUGGUGUUCUUCAAAGCAGAGUCUGAUAGCCUCACUAACAUGCCCUUCUCAUCUAGAUGCAUCAGCUGCUUGUUCUGGUGAGACAAAUACUCCAGUGUCAGAUACUGUCUCGGCUUCAAAACGUUCGUCAUCCAUAAAAAACCCUCUGAGUCAUCAAACCUCUUGUUGCACUGUCUCAAGUUCUCGGAAUGAAUGUCAUGAGAUACCAGGUCCUUCCUUCAUGCAAAACACUCGACACCACCUGCAUCCCAUAGAUCAGCAGCAUGAGCAUCAUUUGCAUCAGCAGCUCCAUGCUGAGACAGAGCAUCAUCAUCUACAAAGUGAAGUUGAAGUUAAUCAUCAUCACCAUCACCCAGAAUCCAAACAUAAGCUUCAUCAUGGCAAACUUGACCAGCCGCACAUUCAUUCAGAACCUAGCCAUUCUUCUCAUCAUGGAAAACUCACUCAUCACCAACAUACACAACAGGAUCAUCAGCAUCCACACUUAAAGCUGGAUCAUGUUCCUAGCACCUCAGCAGUGGAACAUGAGCAGCAGUCAAGUGAGUAUCAUACAGUUUUGGAAGGUGGUGAAUCGGUUCAGUGCCAAGGUCUGGGUAGAUAUUGUUUUGAGAAAGAUGAGGAUAUUCUUGUUGUGUGUAAUUGUACAAUAAGCCCAAGUUAAAAAUAGUUGACAAAGUGUGAGUGCACACCUCAUGAAAGAUCCUCUGGCCCUGUGGACCUCCAAGCACUCAUCAAUGAUGCUCUCAAUGAGUGGGAAACACCUGAAGCAAGUGGAACACAAUCAUUUAGCACAGCUCAGCAAGACAUGCCCAGCUCGGAACCCUCAAGCACUACUUUAGACUGGUCUUGAGCCAGGUACCAAGCUCAGGGCAUACCUAAUAUUCCUUUAUAGUACAUGCUGUAAUUUUAUCUAACAGGA